AGAAAGGCUGUGAGUGAGUGCAGAGUGGCAAAUGGGCGUGUGAGUUUGCAUUAUAUGCUUAUAUUCUCAUAUUCACAUUCUCUUCACUCAAAAUCUGCAUAUUGGCUCUGCAAUUUGAUAUGGAUUUGGCAGAGAUUGGUGGAGUAGAAGGAUAAUUCUUUUGGAGAUUGGAAUCUGAUUCUUCCACUUGUUGUGUUCGUGCUGGGUUAUGGUGUUUAUAAAUGGAUACCUAGGAGGGUAGUUCAUAGUUCUUCAAAACCCACUGUUCUGAGCUUCUUCUGUAUCUCACCUUUUUCCAGCACAUUUCCUUUCUGUGAAGGCCUAGCUUCAGCUCUUCCAUUUUUGUCUCUCCCCUAUCUCUAAAGCUAAAUAACUCAAAUCCCACAGUGUUUGUUUUUCUUGGAGAUAACACUGAGUCCAAGAUUCCAUUCCACUGAGUGGUUUGUUGUUGUUAUACAUAGCAGCUGCGGAUUACUCUUUCGAGAAUACGACCAUGAACGCACUAGCAGCAACAAACAGAAACUUCAAGCUUGCUGCUAGACUUCUCAGUCUCGAUUCAAAGCUCGAAAAGAGCUUGCUCAUUCCAUUUAGAGAAAUCAAGGUUGAGUGUACCAUACCCAAAGAUGAUGGCACAUUGGCAUCCUUUGUUGGUUUCAGGGUCCAGCAUGACAAUGCAAGAGGCCCCAUGAAGGGAGGGAUCAGAUAUCACCCAGAGGUUGACCCUGAUGAGGUAAAUGCUUUGGCACAAUUGAUGACGUGGAAGACAGCGGUCGCAAAUAUACCAUACGGUGGAGCGAAGGGCGGGAUAGGAUGUGAUCCUGGAGAAUUAAGUAUAUCGGAGCUGGAACGUCUUACCAGAGUUUUCACUCAAAAGAUACAUGAUCUUGUUGGUGUCCACACCGAUGUUCCAGCACCAGAUAUGGGAACAGGUCCACAGACAAUGGCAUGGAUCCUAGACGAGUAUUCCAAGUUUCAUGGCUACUCACCAGCGAUCGUAACAGGGAAACCUAUCGAUCUGGGUGGAUCUCUGGGCAGAGAUGCAGCAACAGGGCGAGGCGUGUUGUAUGCAACAGAGGCCUUAUUAAAUGAGUAUGGAAAGAGCAUAUCUGGUCAAAGAUUUGUCAUUCAGGGUUUCGGCAAUGUGGGGUCGUGGGCAGCACGACUUAUCAAUGAAAAUGGAGGAAAGAUUGUAGCUAUAAGCGAUGUGACAGGAGCAAUAAAGAAUGACAAUGGGAUAGAUAUUCCAAGCUUACUAAAAUAUGCAAAAGAACACAAAGGUGUGAAAGGUUUUGAUGGGGGAAAUCCAAUUGAUCCCCAGUCUAUUUUGGUUGAAGACUGUGACAUAUUGAUACCAGCAGCCCUUGGAGGCGUCAUCAACAAGGAAAAUGCCAAUGAAAUCAAAGCUAAGUUCAUAAUAGAAGCAGCCAAUCACCCAGCAGACCCAGAGGCCGAUGAGAUAUUGGCAAGAAAAGGAGUUGUUAUUCUACCAGAUAUUUAUGCAAAUUCAGGGGGAGUUACAGUUAGCUACUUCGAGUGGGUUCAGAACAUCCAAGGUUUCAUGUGGGAGGAAGAGAAGGUAAACAAUGAACUGAAGACUUACAUGACGAAGGGCUUCAAAGAUGUGAAGGAGAUGUGCAAGACCCAUAAUUGUGACCUCCGCAUGGGAGCUUUUACACUUGGAGUCAACCGAGUCGCCAGAGCCACUGUGUUGAGGGGUUGGGAAGCCUAAGCAACUGCUUCUCUCAGGUCUGAAUAAAUGGGGAGAUGCUCCACUCCCUCACCUUAGUGCUGCUUCCUUUCCUGCUGUAUUUCCUCCUGCAUACAACGACCACUUUUUCAUAGCGUUAGUUAUUUUUAUUGGACAAGCAUGCAAGGACUACCAUCUCAGCUCUAAAAAAUGCCAAAUAAAUGGCGUAGUUUUGCUUCCUCCUGAUACCUAUUGAUAGGAGAUUUAAGGAUUGAUUUCGGAUGAGAGGAGUCCUCUCUAGGCUUCAGCCAUUCACUUGGCUUACCAACUUCUUGACAGUAAAAGAAAUGAGAACAGUUUUCAAACAGUACUGUAGAACUA